CAGGACCAGAUCCAGGACCAGAUCCAGGACCGGGGUCAGAACCAGGACCAGGAGUCCAGCAGCAGGACCAAAGCGGACUCUUCCUCCGCUGGUCUGCAGAAACAUAAAGCCAAAGAGAGAAAAAAUAAGGUCCGAAAGAGGAUUCAUACCGAAGAGAAGCUGUACACCUGUGAUCAGUGUGGGACAGCUUUUACCCACCAGGGUAAUCUAAGGCGUCAUCAGCGUAUUCACAAUGGAGACAAGGCGUACAAAUGUGAUCAGUGUGGGGCAGCUUUUACCCAACAAGGUAGUCUAAGGCGUCAUCAGCGUAUCCACACUGGAGAAAAGCCGUACAAAUGUGAUCAGUGUGGGGCAGCUUUUACCCAACAAGGUAAUCUAAGGCGUCAUCAGCGUAUCCACACUGGAGAAAAGCCUUAUAGAUGUGAUCAGUGUGGGGCAGCUUUUACCCAACAAGGUGAUCUAAGGAGUCAUCAGCUUAUUCACACUGGAUUUAAGCCUUAUAGAUGUGAUCAGUGUGGGGCAGCUUUUACCGAACAAGGUCAUCUAAGGAGUCAUCAGCGUAUUCACAAUGGAGUCAAGGCGUACAAAUGUGUUCAGUGUGGGGCAGCUUUUACCCAACAAGGUCAUCUAAGGAGUCAUCAGCGUAUCCACACUGGAGAAAAGCCGUACAGAUGUGAUCAGUGUGGGGCAGCUUUUACCCGACAAGGUAGUCUAAGGCGUCAUCAGUGUAUUCACACUGGGGAUAAGCCUUACAGAUGUGAUCAGUGUGGGGCAGCUUUUACCCAACAAGGCAAUCUAUGGAAUCAUCAGCGUAUUCACAAUGGGUUUAAGCCUUACAGAUGUGAUCAGUGUGGGGCAGCUUUUACCCAACAAGGUAAUCUAUGGAAUCAUCAGCGUAUUCACAAUGGGUUUAAGCCUUACAGAUGUGAUCAAUGUGGGGAAGCUUUUACCCGACAAGGUAGUCUAAGGCGUCAUCAGCGUAUUCACACUGGAGAAAAGCCGUACAGAUGUGAUCAGUGUGGGGCAGCUUUUACCCAACAAGGUAAUCUAUGGAAUCAUCAGCGUAUUCACAAUGGGUUUAAGCCUUACAGAUGUGAUCAAUGUGGGGAAGCUUUUACCCGACAAGGUAGUCUAAGGAGUCAUCAGCGUAUUCACACUGGGUUUAAGCCUUACAGAUGUGAUCAGUGUGGGGCAGCUUUUACCCAACAAAGUAAUCUAAGGCGUCAUCAGCGUAUUCACACUGGAUAAAAAAAUGUCUGUGAUCAGUGUGGGGCAGCUUUUACCCAACAAGGUAAUCUAAAGGCUGAAUUAAGUUUCUGCGUCACACCAAAAAAAAAAAAAGAGUUUUGUUUUCAGUUUCAACUGAAAAAUGUGUUUUAAAUUAGAUUUUUCACCAAUUUAUGUUCUAUU